GGUCUCUGCUGUAGUAUUUAUGUUGCUUAAAAAGCUACAGAAAGUGAUGUAAAAGGUGUAAUGAGUUAUUAUUUGAUCGAAAGGAGCUUUUGGUAAUGAGAGUAGAUGUUACUGGUAUUUCUUUUAAAGAGUUUGUUUAACUUGCUAAUUAGACGCAAAGAGAAAAAAAAUGGUUGCUAACGUAGUGUUAUUUUCAAAUUAUGUUUAGAGAAUGAAGAAGAACAAGAUUUAUAAAAAAGUGAAAAAUUGGUUUUAGAUAUUAUACAGAAAGUUUUCAUAAGCAUUUCAGUGUAUGGUAAUCUAGAGUGCUGAAUACAGUUUAAAGAUUUCAAUUUGCACGAGGAAAGGAUGAAAAAGUCAAAAAUGACUUUUAGGAAGAUGCUUUUUAUUAUGUGUUGUAUAUGUUUUACUGAUGUUUUCUGCGAGAUGGCAGGGAAGGUGGAGAUACAAAUUGACCACGUGCAUAAUCUGUACGGUAUAUUAAGGAACUCAUCGUGUUGUGCUGGAAAACGUGACCGCACGAAAAUCGUAUCGAAGCAAUGCAGCGAACCUUGUAACACGUUUUUAACUUUUUGCGUGAGUAGCGACUUUAAAAGCAAUUGUAACUUUGGAAGAUACGAGACUCAAGUGUUAGGUUAUGAUUCGUUUAAACUUCCGUUAUCAAGUAAUAUGACUAGCGAGUUUUCUGAACUUCGAGGGCAUUUAUCCAGCGGUGCAGCUGAUUUCAAGAAUUUAAUAACAUUUGUGAUUCCAUGGAAAGCUCCACAUUGGCCCUCGUUGAACACGUUUUCUGUUAAUAUGGAAGCAAGGCAUGCUAUUUCACCGAACCAGUCAGUUUUGAUUGAUUCCAAGAUAUUUCAAGGCAGUUACACUCCUCAUGGAAAAUGGAAAAUUCAACAACACAAUGGUAAAGCAACGCAAGUGGUGUACUACAUACGAUCCACAUGUGAGCCUUACUACUAUGGAUACUCCUGCCAGGGUUAUUGCAAACCACGAUUUGAUAAAUAUGGACAUUAUUAUUGUAAUUCUUGGGGAAGAAGAAUUUGUUACAAUGGCUGGACAAAUAAGAUUUGUAAUAAAGCCAUAUGUAAACAAGGCUGCGAGAAUGGAAAAUGCAUUGCUCCAAAUGUGUGCAAAUGUAAACCUGGAUGGAAAGGUAGUAACUGCAGCCAAUGUAUCCCACAUAAGUCAUGUGUGCACGCCACUUGUAAUCAUCCAUAUCAAUGUAUAUGUAAGAAAGGCUGGGGCGGAAGAUAUUGCCAUUUAGAUGUGAACAUAUGCAGACACAAACCAUGCGUCCAUGGGUGGUGUGAAAAUAAACAAGACCUGAUUUAUGGUGGAUACAUCUGUCACUGUGAAGCAGGAUAUACUGGAGAGAAUUGCAGUUCAGAGGUUCUACCAUGCUCCUCAAAUCCAUGUAGCCACAACAGUACAUGUAACAACACUGGAAAAACAACAUACACUUGCUCGUGUGCACUUGGUUAUACUGGUCGCAACUGUGAAACCAAUAUAAAUGACUGCAUUGCAAAUCCUUGUUUAAACAAUGGUGUUUGUGUGGACAAAGUUAAUGGUUACUCUUGCAAAUGUGUUGGAGGUUGGGACGGACCAAAUUGCACGCAAGAUAAAAAUGAGUGUUUAUCAAAUCCAUGUGUUCAUGCGUAUGGAUGUCAAGAUUUGUUUAAUAAUUACCAUUGUUCUUGUGUACCGGGUUGGUCAGGAAAACAGUGUAGCACAAAUGUCAAUGAUUGUGUUGGCCAGUGUAUGAAUAAUGCUACUUGUAUUGAUCUUGUCAAUGAUUACACAUGUACAUGUCCUGAAGGAUUCAGUGGGAAGAGAUGUGAAAUUGAUAUAAAUGAAUGUGCAAGUUCUCCUUGCCGUAACCAAGGAAAAUGUGUAGAUCUUGUGAAUUCAUACAAAUGUGUUUGUCAGACGGGGUUUUACGGAAUUAACUGUGAAUCUCAUGUAAACAAAUGUCAGGAUAAGCCAUGUAAAAAUGGAGGUAACUGCUCGCGGUUGUUUAAUGAUUACCAUUGUUCCUGCCCCGAUGAAUGGACAGGCAAAGACUGUGCAGUGCCUAAAAAUAAACAGAUGCAUUGCAAAUUAAAUAUUUGUAGAUUUAAUUCAACAUGUUUACUGGACAGUGGUAAGGAAAUGUGUGUUUGUUCAGACGGUUUUACAGGGAAAUACUGUGAAAACGACAUAGAUGAUUGUGAAGAUGUCCAUUGUCAAAAUUCUGGUACCUGCAUAGACAGACCAAAUGGAUAUAUGUGUGUUUGUGAAAAUGGAUUUAAAGGUGUUCAUUGUGAAAUUAAUGUGGAUGAAUGUCAAUCGAGUCCUUGUAAAAAUGAUGGCAAAUGCGAUGAUGGUAUUAAUUCGUAUACAUGUUUGUGUAAGCCUGGUUUUCAUGGAGUUGAUUGUUCUUUUAAUAUUGAUGAUUGUGUGGAUAUUGAUUGUCAAAAUGGUGGCACUUGUGUUGAUGAAGUAGAUGGAUAUAAAUGUCAGUGUAGACCUGAGUUUACUGGAAAGCACUGUGAAAUUGGUCCAGAUUUCUGUUUGUCAUCACCCUGCAGUGUUGACAGUGACUGCGUCAAUAAAUUAAAUGGAUUUUUUUGUCAGUGUCAUCCAGGGUAUACUGGAAGCACUUGUUCUGUUAAUAUUGAUGAGUGUGCCACGCAGCCAUGUCAAAACGGAGGGGCUUGCAUCAAUGAAAUAAAUAAGUUUGAAUGUAAAUGCCAAUCAGGAUACUAUGGCCUGUCUUGUGAGUAUGUUGAUGCCUGCGCAUCGAGUCCAUGUCUAAAAGGUGGUACUUGCAUAUCUAAAGGAAGUGAUUUUGUUUGCAAAUGUGUGACAGGUGUCUAUGGCAAGCGCUGUCAUCAAGUUGAAAAUAGCUGUAUGGUAGCCAUAUUCCAGAGUAACUCUUCCUUGGGUCAGCUUGUUCCAAGCGGUGUGUGUAGUGAACAUAGUGCUUGUGUGCCUUUAUCACAUGGAAAAUUCCGGUGUGAUUGCCAUCCUGGUUGGGAAGGUGAAAGAUGUCAAACAGAUAUUGAUGAUUGCAAGAACAACAAGUGUCAAAAUCAAGCAACAUGUUUGGAUGUAGAGAACGGCUAUGAUUGUGUAUGUCCAAGCGGGUUUGAAGGUCGUUAUUGCCAGACUAAUCCGAAUGAGUGUGCAAGUUCACCAUGCCAUAAUAAUGGUACUUGUGUGGAUCUUCUUGGUGAUUUUGCAUGCGUCUGUAAAGGAAAAUGGAAGGGAAAAACCUGCUUGUCUAACGUGUCACAUUGUGAUCCUCAACCUUGUCAACACGGUGGUCAAUGUCGAGACAUUGGUAAUGACUUUCUCUGUGACUGUGUGGAAGGUUUCCAAGGUCCAACUUGUCAGGAGUCUGUUAGUCAUUGUCAUGCAGAUUCCUGUUUAAAUGGUGGUACCUGUUUAUCUGCAGCUUAUUCGUACACUUGUGUAUGCCGACCUGGAUUUUAUGGUGAUAAAUGUGAAAAAGAAACAGAAAUGUGUUUAAGUAGCCCAUGUGACAAUGGCGGAACUUGCAUACAAAUUGAUGACUGGUUUCAUUGCCAAUGUGCACCAGACUUUUAUGGUGCUCGAUGUCAAUUCAAAGUGAACCACUGUGCAUUGAAACCUUGUGCAAAAGAAGCAGAGUGUAUUAGCAUCACUGGUGGAUAUCGCUGUGUAUGUCCACCUGGCAAAGUGGGAAGUGACUGCCAAGUUGCUACUUCAAAGAAGCAGUGUAAAUCCGGUGCAAAUGUGUACCAUCACAAUGCCACUUGGAAUGUGAAAUGUAACACUUGUAAUUGUUAUGAUGGUGUAGUUAAGUGUACACAAGUGUACUGUGGUAGUUUAAACUGCUUUCAGUUGAAGAAAUCAAGUAGCUGCAACUGUAAACCGGUUCACAAUCUUGAUUGUAUCACUCCACCAUGUGAUAAAUAUGGCGAAUGUGGUGGGGAGCCGAUGUCAGUGUCGAAUGGUGGCUGCAGCCCACAGACAGCUGAUUCAAAGUUGACUGCAGAUUGUUCUAAAGUUAGCAUUAACUUUAAAAGCUCCAAGUUACCAAAGGGUAUUAUUUUGCAACAGCUGUGUUCAGAAUUUCGAUAUUUGGAAGUACUUCCAAAGUUCGCACGCAGUGACGAUCUUCGUUUACAAUGCUCCCGUAUUAUCUAUGAUGACAAUUCCAAUCAAAUGGUUAUUUCCAUCUACGUCAAAAAAAUUGCCGUUCAAGUUGCUAUGGAGUUAGCGCACCAUUUUCGGUCACUACCAAAAUCAAGUAAAAAUAUAUCUCGAUUGCGCGAAGCAACUGUUAACGUUACCGUUCAUAGACAGUAUGAUUUGAGUUACCAUGGAGGUACACCUCCAUGGGCUUACAAAAAAAACAAUCGAUACGUCAUCCCAGUGCUGGCAUCUCUUUCAGCACUCUUGUUCGCUAUACUUAUAGUAUUGCUAUGUUGUUUUAAAAAUCGUUGCAGGCGACAAAGAGAAGAACAAUUCUAUAUAGAUGAUGCGUCUGCGAAAUGUAAACAAGACGAACUAGGCGCAGCUAUAUUUGAAAAACAAGACAAUGCGAAAAAAGACUUACACAGGACUUCUGUUGUCGCAGAUAAACUUUUUAUAUCAGAACCUAACAAACAGCAUGAAGCUGGUGUGGACUUAGAUUCUGCGCCAUUGGAAGUAGAUGUAUGACACAUGCUCAUUUUUGUCCUUCUUAGACUUCUUUUUUUUUAUCUUUUUGAGGUGAAUUUCAUGGCUCAGUAUACACUAUUGCGAUACAAAUACUAUCAGCAGUAGUUUUUUUUAUACCGUGUAUAAAGAAAAGCUUUUAUCUUCAGUUAUAGGAAAUGUAUAUAUGUAUAUAUAAAAACACAAGUCGUUUAUGUAAUAUCUGUGUGGUUAGAUCGAACGCCGUGCCACUCAGGAUUGGUCAGCUGUUCUAAUGUAUUUCAUUAUAUGCAACAAAACAAAUUUGAAAUGGCGAAGGCGAAGUUAUUACGUGUUAGCAUGAAAUGCUUUUUUUUUGUUUCGUUACCAGACCUGACCAAAGUAUAUAUAUUUUUUCAUAUGGUAGUAGACCUUUUUUUUGUUACUGUUAACCAUAGAAUUUUAUACUGUCCGUAUUUAUCCGUAUUUACACGAACGUUAAAAAGUUAAUUUUUUUUGCAUCAUAUUUCUUUUAAAGACGAGUUUUUUGUACCGUUGCAGAUAAAUUGCUUUUUUUUUAAAAAGAAAAUUUUUUUCCAAAAAAAUUUGAGGAGUAUUCAGACUGGAAGUAACUAUCUUAUCUCCGUAAACACGCGUAUGUAUAUUUACACAUCUCCGUUAUAGCGUGCAUGAUUGAAUUGUAUUGGGUUCGUUAAAUAGUUGAGUCUUGUAAAUAAGGUUAUUUUCAGUGGUAAAGCAUAUGAGUAAAUAUAUUUCUAUAAAAAGACUUUUUUUACACCUUUUUAUUUUCACGGCGUUGAUCAUCUUAGAAAUAAAUUAGUUUUUGUAGCUAUA